AUGACCAGCGUCGUCGGUAUUGUCCUAGGACCAUUCAUUGGCGGAGCGAUCCAAAGUGGACUUAAUUGGAGAUGGAUAUACUGGAUCCAGCUCAUCGUCGAUGCGGCCUUCCUGCCCUUCUUCUACUGGAUUUUGAGAGAGACUCGAGGCGACGUGAUUCUAGCCAAGCGAGCGCAAGAGAUGCGCAAGGCAGGCCAACGGACAGCUUUCGCCCGUUCGGAGCUGGACAAGCCUGGCAUCCUGAAAUCUCUAAAGAUCUCCUUCAUGCGGCCGACGAAGAUGCUCUUCACUGAGUUUGUGGUCAGCAGCUUCACGCUGUGGGUCAGCUUUGCAUGGGGAAUUCUUUUUUUGUUCCAGAGCAGUGUGCCGAUCGUCUUGAGCAAGCUCUAUGGAUUCGAUACCUUCCAGACGUCAAUGAUCCAGCUUGCAUUAUCAUGCGGUGCGAUCAUCGCAACGAUCCUCAAUCCGGUCCAGGAUAUGCUGUACUUGAAAUCUGCCGGGCGGAACAUGGAGCGACCUGGAAAGCCGAUUCCAGAGGCACGCCUCUAUUUUGCCGUCCCUGGCUCGCUGCUGUUCACGGCUGGCAUGUUCUGCAUCUACCUGGCGGUUGUCAACUACCUGGCCGAUGCGUACGAGAAGUACGCCGCCUCUGCUCUCAGCGCAGCGUCCUUCGGCCGGAACGUCUUUGGCGCUUUCCUGCCUCUCGCCACCCCAGCGCUGUACCGCGAUCAUGGGUUCCAAUGGUCGAGUUCUUUGAUCGGCUUCAUCGCACUUGUUCUGAGUGCUGUGCCGUUGAUUCUGCUGCUCAAGGGCGAGGCGAUCCGGGCGCGGAGUCCUUUCAUGCUGGAUGCGACAUAUGAUGACGACGAAGCCAAUGAAAGGCGCAAUAGUAUUCCGUCCAGGCAUACGAAGGAGAGGAAGCCGAGUACCGUGAUGCCGUGGAGCACCGUUAGGACCGUUGGUGGCGAGUGA